CUAAUUUUCUAGUAUGUUUUACCAGUGUGUCAUGGUAUUUUUAAACGAACCGAAUCGUCAGCACCACGGGCACACUGUACUGCAUACACGAAAAUAAAAAAUUUUUUUGACAAAAUCGUGCAUGUUUUCGCUCGCUAAAAAAAAAAGCAGGCCGCGCGAGCCCUAGCUAGCUAGACCGCCGCCUUUCCCGUCCCACGAAUCGCAGCGCAUCGCAUCCCGCGUCCAGCGUUUCCGCUAGUGUAUUUGUUAUGAAUAUACCGAAGGUGACAACAUCGCUUGGUGCCGCCGAGAAGGCGAAACCCGAACGUGUAGCAUCCGUGGCGGCUGCCGCAGCCUUUAGUGCGGUCAGUCUGCAGAAGCGCAGCGGCGCCGACGACCCGGCAGCUACGGCGGAGGACCCCACGCGCAAGAAGGCAAAGACGGAACUGCUCCUCGGAACGCCAGCGCCCAGUUUGCCCGCCAAAGCGUCGCCCGCCCCGCAGCAGCAGCAGCUUUUGUACCAACGAGCUGGUGGCCAGCAGGUGAAAGCGCAGAUAAAGGGAGCUUCGGAUCCGCAGGAAUCGCAGUCAGAGGAAACCCAGUGGGACGCCCGCGACCAGCAGAUCAUAGUGUGCAACUUUAGCUCCGGCGCCGAGAUGGCUGCCAUCAAAGCGGAGGAUGCGGACAAGCAAACCUUCGCUAGCUUUACCAAAAAGGAGGGCGCCUCCUCGUCGGCCUCGUCCUCCUCCUCAACCGCCUCCAUCAUCUCCAUCGAGCCCAGCGGCCUGUCGUCGGAACACGCCGACAAUCCCGGCAAGGCGGAGGAUCUCGACUUCGUGCUAAUGCCAGCCGCCGGCGCCGAUACGGCUGUGGCCGUGGCAAACGCCACGGGAGCGGUCACCUCUACGGGAACGCCCAUCGGAGGCACUUCUACCAUAAUUUUGAACACCAACAAUGGGGCCACAGGAGCCGGUGGAGCCGGCACUACCACCAUCCUUACGCAGAAAACCGGCCACGCUAACUACAACAUCUUCAACACCACGGCCACGGGAAGCCAAACGCCAACCACCACGCUGCUGAACCGGAUGAACCUGCACCCUAAGGUGAAGACCCAGCUUGUGGUCAACGCCAAGAAGCUGUCGGAGGUCACGCAGACGACGGCCAAGGUGUCGAUCGGUAACAAGACGAUAUCGGUGCCGCUGCUGAAGCCGCUGAUCAACGCCAGUGGACCGGCCACCGCCGGAGGAGCCACUAUUGUGGAGAGCAAGCAGCUGCUGCAGUCAGGCGGUCAGAUGAGCACAGUGAUGAGCGCCGCGCAGUCGGGCGGAGGUCAGCAAGUACACCAUCCCGGUGUCCAUACGCACGCCCAUCCGAACGCACACCACUUCACCAAGCUGAUCAAGCGCGUGCCCAAGAACCCCGGCACCAUAGUCUCGUUCUCUGGACUGCAGAUCAAGCCGGCGACCACCAAGAUCGUGGCGACCAAGAUGGUCAGCAAGAAGAUGUCGCUGCAGCUGCAGCAGCAGCAGCUGCAGGUGACCAGCGGCGGCGGACUGGCCCCGCCCACCGGCAGCAUAGUGACCAUUACCACCACCAAUCCCAGCCAGACGUACGCCAUGGUCCAGGACGCCACCUCUGUUGCAGGAGCGUCCCACACCGAGGAGGAUGCCCCGGCGCCUCGAAAGAUCACCGCUUAUACAGAGAACCUGCAGAAGAUUCUGAACAAGAGCAAGUCCCAGGAGGCGGCGGGCGGCGGCUCCGAGGAGUUCGGCAACAAAAACAGCGUGGUGAUCAAGCCGCUCGACAAGGGCGCGCUCAAUUGCCCGACCAGCUUCAACAUCUUUAAGCAGCAGCACUCGCAAGCCUCCCAAAACCAAACGAGCUCCGCCGUCGGCAGUGGACCAGCCACUCCGGUGACGCUGACCAUGACGCCGGCCUCGGGGAGUGGCUCGGACCAGGCCACCACCUCCACCGUGUCCGUAUCGGCGGGCACAAUCUGCAUCAACAACCCGAUGAUGGGCUCGCGACCCAUCAUCUCCAUUCAGAACAAAAACAUAUCCCUGGUGCUGUCCAAGACGACCAUGGCCCAGCAGAAGCCGAAGAUGAUCACGACCACCACGCUGGCCAGCCAGUCGGCGCUGCAGAUGCACCACGCCCUGGUCCAGGACUCGAGUGCUGACAAGGGUGGCUCCCCUGCGACCCCGGGAUUGGCUUCCUCGGGGGCGGCUUCGUUGCAGCUGAAGCUGACCACGGUGGCCGCCACCACGCCCACCAAACUCAGCGUGACCUUGGCCCCGGAAGCGGCUAAGCUCGAGGAGAUUGUCGGCGAGACGAAAGCGAAGCUACUGGUCAAGCAGGAGGCGGCCGCGAAGGAUUCGGCUGCGGCGCCGUCCGGCGAACAGGAACGAAGCAGCGAGAUGAGCACGCCGGAGAAGCGCUUGAACGCCAGCACCACGAUGACGCCCAUUGGGCAGGUGCAGAGUCAGGCCGGCGGUCAGGUCCAGGCGGUUCCGGUUUCGGUUCCGGUUGCUCCUACUUCGACCGCCUCCAAUCCCAGCACGCCCAACCCCCGGCGAGCGGCACGCCCGCAGACCAACAAUCAGCGCUCGGGCGCGGAGGACUCGAACAACGCCCUGCUGAAGCAGCUGCUCCAGAACAAGAGCAGUAGCCACAGCCUGAGCCCGAUCAGCAUCGCCUCGGCCCACGUUGGCUCCGCCCCGACGACGGCCCCGCUCUCCGCCCGCAAGGUCAUCAACGUGCGGGCGCCCAGCAUGGGGCAGGUGAGAAGUCUGGAGGAUCAGCUGGCGCGUCCUGUGAUCCCGCCAGUGCCCGCUGCCACUCAGGCGACCGGCAACAGCAGCAGUAGCAGCAGCAGCAGCGGUGCCUCCGUGGCCACGUCCACCACCACCACCACGGUGGCCAGUGGCGGGAACGGCCAACAGGUGGCCACCGCCUCGUCGACAGGCACUCCAGUCACGGCAGUCGCCAUCAGCACACCCGGAUCAAGUGGGGAACCGAACCCGGAUCAGAAAACCGAACAGCCCGCCGUGGGUGCAACCAACCAGAAUCAGAAUCAGAAUCAAAACCACAACCAAAUUCAACACCAGGCGCCACCCCCUCCACCGCCUCCGCAGCAGCAACAGCAGCAGCAGGCACUCCAAUCGCAGCAAGCGCAGCAGCAAGCGACCCCCCACCAAGUGAAGCAAACCGUGCAGAUCGUGUCCAAGGAGACGUCAUUCAUCUCGGGGCCCGUGGCCACCAACAAGAUACUGGCGGAAGCCGCUGCCAAGCCGGCCGAACUGCUGCCUCCGCCGCCCUACGAACUGGCCACUGCGCCCGUAUCGAACGUGACCAUAUCCAUUUCCACGAAGCAGACGGCGCCCAAGGAGCUGCAGAUGAAGCCCAAGGCGGUGGCCAUGUCGCUGCCCAUGGAGCAGGGCGAGGAGUCCAUGCCGGAGCAGGCGGAACCGCCGCCCCACCCGGAGCAGGGUGCCGCCGUGGCGGGCGGAGCAGUCGCGGCCCCGCAGUGGAGCAAUAGCAACCACAUAGAGGUGGGGGUGGGCGCCACCAAGAUACCGUUCAAGCCCGGGGAGGCGCAGAAGCGCAAGCUGCCCAUGCACCCGCAGCUGGACGAGAAGCAGCUGCAGCUGCAGCAGCAGCAACAGGUUGAGAUGCCCGCCAGCGCCGCUCUGCCCGCCACUCCGGCCAACCAAGCUGCUCCCGACAAGGUGCAACUCAUCUCGGCGAUUGCCAGCUAUGUGAAGAAGCCUGGGACCGGGGCGCCUGGCGAGGCGCAGCCAGCUCCGGGCCAGAGCCAGGGCCAGGUGCAGAUGCAGGCGCAGAUGCAGGCGGCCAUGCAGGGGCAGCUGACCGGGCAGCUGUCUGGAGGACAGAUGCCCAUGCAUCUGCAGGCGCAGCAGCAACACCAGAUCCAUCUGUCGGGGCAUCCACAACAGCAACAGCAGCAGCAGCAGCAACCUCAGCAGCCGCCGACAGUGCCGGUUCCAGUCGCGAUUCCCGGCCAGAGUGCCGUGCUCACGAUGGAACCGAAGGCGGGUGACCAGCGCAAGCGCCGCAAGAGGGAGGUGCAGAAGCCGCGGCGAACGAACCUGAACGCGGGACACGCGGCGGGAGCUCUCAAGGAUCUGACGGGCACGCUACCAGCUGGCGCAAUGGUCCAGCUGGCAGGGAUGCCGCCGGGCACGCAAUACAUCCAGGGCGCGACUCCGGGCACUGGCCACGUGAUCUCCAGCGGCGGUCAGGGCGGCGUGGUUCUCGGAGGCGUGGGAUCCGGAGCCGGCUCGUCGCCCAUGCUCAAGAAGCGGGUGCGCAAGUUCUCCAAGGUCGAGGAGGAUCACGAUGCAUUUACCGAAAAGCUGCUGACCCACAUCCGCCAGAUGCAGCCGCUGCAGGUGCUGGAGCCGCACCUGAACCGCAACUUUCACCUCCUCUUCGGAAGCAACGAGGCGUCGGGCGGGGGAUCGCCCUCCUCCGGCGGCUCCACGGCCUCCGGCAGCGGAUCUUCCUCGGCUGGCGGUGGCAAACUGAAGGGCGGCACUCUGGGAUCCCGCGGCUGGGCGCUCAGUAGGCACUUGGAGGGCCUGGAGGACUGCGACGGCGCCAUCUUCGGCCGCUUCGGACGAGUGCGUCUGCCGGGGAUUCCCUCGCUGUACGACAGCGAGCGCUUCGGAGGAAGCGGCGGCUUGGCAGGGGGAACCACUGCCACCCGUUCGCCCUCGCCGUCCGUGUCGCCGGGAGCCGAAAGGACGCUGCCGAUGUCCAGCAUACAAAACGAUUUCUACGACCAGGAGUUCUCCACGCACAUGGAGCGCAAUCCCCGGGAGCGUCUGGUGAGGCACAUUGGCGCCGUGAAGGACAGCAACCUGGAGACCGUAGACCUGGUGGAGAGCGAGGGCGUGGCCGCGUGGGCGGCCUACCCCAGACUCACGCGCUACCCGGGGCUGAUACUGCUCAACGGGAACAGUCGGUGCCACGGUCGGAUGUCGCCGGUGGCGCUGCCGGAGGACCCGCUCACCAUGCGGGUGCCCGUCUCGCCGCUGCUCCGGUCCUGCGGCGAGGAGCUGCGCAAGAGCCAGCAGCUGGAGCUGGGGAGCAGCAGCAGCCACAACAACAACAACAACUACCAGCAGAAGAACCAAAACGUGAUACUGGCAUUGCCCGCCUCAGCCUCGGAGAACAUCGCCGGCGUGCUGCGGGACCUGGCCAAUCUGCUGCACCUGGCGCCCGCCCUCACCUGCAAGAUCAUCGAGGACAACAAGGCGGGCGACAAGGCAGAGGAGCAGGCGAUGGACCAGGACGACGAGAAGCUCCGGGACGACUUCAAGCGGCCGCUGGCCACCGUGAGCCACAGCCACCUGCGGAAGAUUCUCAACGGACGCCGCAAGCUGUGCCGCAGCUGUGGCAGCGUGGUCCCCGCCAGCGGGCUGCGAGUGCCGCGUCACAGCGUCCCCGCGCUGGAGGAGCACCUGCCCCGGCUGGCCCAGCUGAUGGCCAUGCUGCCCCGCAAGUCGGUGGCCCCGCCGUUCGUCUACUUCUGCGACCGCGCCUGCUUCGCGCGCUUCAAGUGGAGCGGCAAGGAGGGCCAGGCGGAGGCGGCCAGUCUGCUGCUCCAGCCGGCGGGAGGCUCCGCUGCCGUCUCGUCCUCCGCGGACAACUCGCCCGGCGGCUCCUGCAGCGCGGCCCUCGCGGAAACGGUGGUCAAGCAGGAGCCGGAGGAGGAGGGGUCGGACCAGAAGCAGGGUGCGCCCGGCACGCCCGCCAGCUUGCCCGCGCAGCGCAAGUGCAUCGUCAAGUGCUUCAGCGCCGACUGCUUCGCCGCGGAGUCGACGGCCACCAAGGUGGAGUUCGAGGGAGCAGCGGGAGCGGGAGCGGCCGGAACAGGGACGGGACCGGCCAACAACACGGUGUGGGAGACGGAGGCCAGUGGGCUGCAGUUGGAGGACACACGGCAGUGCGUGUUCUGCAACCAGCGCGGCGACGGCCAGGCGGAUGGACCCUCGCGCCUGCUCAACUUCGACGUGGACAAAUGGGUGCACCUCAACUGCGCCUUGUGGUCGAACGGCGUGUACGAGACGGUUUCCGGCGCGCUGAUGAACUUCCAGACGGCUCUGCAGGCGGGACUGAACCAGGCGUGCAGCGCCUGCCACCAGCUGGGCGCCACCAUCAAGUGCUUUAAGUCGCGCUGCAACAGCCUCUACCACCUGCCCUGCGCCAUCCGCGAGGAGUGCGUCUUCUACAAGAACAAGUCCGUCCACUGCAGCGCCCACGGCCACGCCCACUCGGGCAUCGCCAUUGGAGCGGGCGCCACGGCCGGCGGCGGCGGAGGAGCGGGAGGAUCUGCGGCUGAGAACGAGCUCAGCUCGCUGGUCGUCCACCGGCGGGUGUUUGUCGACCGGGAUGAGAACCGGCAGGUGGCCACCGUGAUGCACUACUCGGAGCUGAGCAACCUGCUCCGCGUGGGCAACAUGACGUUCCUGAACGUGGGUCAGCUGCUGCCCCACCAGCUGGAGGCCUUCCACACGCCGCACUACAUCUACCCCAUUGGGUACAAGGUGAGUCGCUUCUACUGGUGCGUGCGACGACCGAACCGCAGGUGCCGCUACAUCUGCAGCAUCGCAGAGGCCAGCUGCAAGCCCGAGUUCCGCAUCCUGGUGCAGGAUGCCGGCGACAAGGAGCCGGAGCGCGAGUUCCGUGACAGCUCGCCCUCGGCGGUGUGGCAGCAGAUCCUGCAGCCGAUCACGCGGCUGCGGAAGGUGCACAAGUGGCUGCAGCUGUUCCCGCAGCACAUCAGCGGCGAGGACCUCUUCGGCCUGACCGAGCCGGCCAUCGUGCGCAUCCUGGAGAGCCUGCCGGGCAUCGAGACGCUCACCGACUACCGCUUCAAGUACGGCCGCAACCCGCUGCUCGAGUUCCCGCUGGCCAUCAAUCCCUCGGGGGCGGCGCGUACGGAGCCCAAGCAGCGGCAGCUGCUCGUCUGGCGCAAGCCGCACACGCAGCGCACUGCUGGCAGCUGCAGCACCCAGCGGAUGGCCAACUCGGCGGCGAUCGCCGGGGAGGUGGCUUGUCCGUACAGCAAGCAGUUCGUCCAUUCGAAGAGCUCCCAGUACAAGAAGAUGAAGCAGGAGUGGCGCAACAACGUCUACCUGGCCAGGUCCAAGAUCCAGGGUCUGGGCCUGUACGCCGCCCGGGACAUCGAGAAGCACACCAUGAUUAUCGAAUACAUCGGCGAGGUUAUCCGCACCGAGGUCUCCGAGAUUCGGGAGAAGCAGUACGAGUCAAAGAACCGCGGCAUCUACAUGUUUCGGCUGGACGAGGACCGCGUAGUAGACGCCACUUUGAGCGGUGGCCUGGCGCGCUACAUUAACCACUCGUGCAAUCCCAACUGCGUGACGGAGAUCGUGGAAGUGGAUCGCGACGUGCGGAUCAUAAUAUUCGCCAAACGGAAAAUCUACCGCGGCGAGGAGCUCUCGUACGACUACAAGUUUGACAUCGAGGACGAGUCGCACAAGAUACCGUGUGCCUGCGGGGCUCCCAACUGCCGCAAGUGGAUGAACUAGAGGCGGGAGGAGCCCGCUCCUCCUUCGGAUAGCAGUCCGUUGGACCAAAGAAAGCGCAAGAAGCGGCGGCGAGCGCGUCGCGCCCAGUGAACAGGAACAGGAAUUGUUAUAUCUGAUCAAAUAGAUAGAUUCGCUAAGCAGAAGAGACCGUGUACAUAUAUACAAUUAUAUAUAUAUGCCGAUAUGCUCUUGGCGAGCAUAGAACCUGUAAGUUAUGUAUAUGUGCCCACAAUAGCUAAUUCGUGCCCUGCAUCCAUUUAUCGCUCCUGAGUGGAGAGGAAGGGCGGGAGUGGAGAGGAGUGUUUGAUAGUUUAAAUUGAUUGAUUGAUUGAUUGAUUGGUAUCGUUCUGCAUAGAGAGAAUAUAAAUGUUAAUGCUAGGACAUGACCACGCCCCUGUAAUGUAUUUCUGACCCCCACCACCAUCAUCCCCCUUACAGCCGCAGGAGCAUCGUAUUUUUUUUGUUUUUAGCACCAUCUCCACAUCCAUCACCAUUGCAAUAAGUGUCAGGAAACAGACCCAUCCGAUGGCCAACCCAAACUUGACUUUAUGCGUGUGUGCCUUCCCCCUGUUUACCAUUAUCGUAAUUUUAGUGGUUACUUUCAAUAUUCGCAUACUGCGCGGGGAGCUUCCCCGCGCGACAUGUACAACCAUUUUUGAAUAUAUACACUGAUAAGGAUAUAAAUACCUACAUAUAUUUUAUUUUAUUUAACUAGUUUUGCGAUUACUCUUAAGUACAUUAACCGACUCCGAGCAACGUGUAUUUUUCAUCCCCUCUAAAACUUAAGUAAAUUUUAUGCCAUCAUUUUACA